GACACGUUGCCGACGUCGUUUCCCCGGUCGUACCGCGUUCGUUCGCCUUUAAAUUUCUUGUAUUGUGUGUUAAAAAAAAAAAAAAAAUUAAAACCGUUUUUAAAUCUAUAGUGCGCUGUUAGAUAUAACAAUAAUAGUAAUAAUAAUAGUCUAAUAGUCCGUGGCGGGUUUAAACUCGGAAGAGCUUGUCCGAUUCUCGUGGACGGGAAUUGUAAAUGCCUUCAAAUCUGGGUCACAUUUGCUGCUUUUAACAGCCAGCUGUACUCUGAUCUUGGUAUUAAGUCUUUUGCCGGCGCGUGCAAUUUUAGUUUUGACAAUGCUAGGCCGUCGAAUCGGCUCUAAUCUACCGUCGGGUUGGGCUUUUUGACGUUGGCCCAUCCCGAAAAAUGUCAGUGCACCAUCGCCAUGUUGGAAAACUGCAGCUCGUCGUCUCACAACAAUUGCAACUGCGGUAAACGGAGUGCAACGGUUAUCGAAAAAAUCGCACAAGUGUUUGGCCGCAAGAAAACCUACCAGGUCCAGAAGAUCCAACAGCUCAAUCAGUUAUCGUCCGCCGGCAAGAGCCAGAAUUCUUGGGUGACUGUGCACAGCUUACAGUCGCAGAGCGAUGGUGGUAUCCUGGAUCCCGACGACCGUCUCAGAGACGUGGCCGACGACAGGGAACAAAUUAUUGCGCUAUACGACGAUGGCGAAAGCCAGAGUCCACAUCAUCACGGUGGCGGAGACGGAGCUAGCGCCACGUCUAGUCCGGAUAUGUUCCACGGUCGAGAUGGACUUCAAACCGACAUCGAAGUCACUACCGAACAAAUUGCUUCUGGAUUUCCUGCUCUGCAUGUGCGGAGGGGCAGCGAGCCAGCACUUAAUCAACUUCCACUCGAGACAGCUAAUAAUCUGGGCAAAAGAAGUAGCAAUACCAGGCCGGCGGCUUCGGGUCAGUCCAAACGUUGGUCGGCCGCUCCAAUGUGUCACGACCCUAAAGAAAAACUACUCAAGGACGAGUACUUAAAACAAAAUGGUUUCGGCGGGCCAGAUAAUUGGCGGUAUUCUGAAGAAGAUGAAGAUGAACUAGAAAUGGAAGACGAAGACAAACCUACAGUUACCAACCAUUUCCUGGCACCAUCAUUUCACCGAGACUCUAGUAACCGAUUAUCGAUGCAGUUUUUAGGAGACACUCCAGGAGGAUUUCGGUGGGCCGACGCUGCUGAUCUUGCAAACAACCGGGCGUUAUCGCUAUCCCUUCCAAGGGACCAUCGAAGAAAAGAACCGCUUGGUCAGGCCAACACAAAUCCGCCCCAGAUGAGAUCUUCAGAUUCUCAAAAUACCGAGUACAUAGUACUUAGCACGGGCGGAGGUUCUCUGGGAAUUCACGUGGUUCCCGAUUACAACUCUUUAGGCAAGGAACGUGGUCUUUUGGUUCAAGGUAUUGAGCCCGGUGGCAGAGUUUACUGCGACGGUCGUUUGAAAGUGUACGAUCGAAUUGUUGAAAUCAACGGCCGAUCAUUAUUGGAUCAACCAUUUAAUGCGAUACAAGAAAUAUUCCGAGACUCGUUGCAUUCCUCUGAGCUUAGACUAAGAGUAGUAAAACACAAAAACAAUCAAGAUAAUCAAACUAGUCAAAAUGCAGUAUCCGGGAAUAACAAAAAACAACCCCCUCCGCCAGUGUUUCCUAAGCCGUCCACCAACAACAACCACAGCAACAACACUUGUGCUCCAUUUAGCAACAAAGAAAAUCUCACAACGGGGCUGUCCAACAAAGAUAACAAACCGAGUAAUUCAAACGCUAAAGUGGCCACGAUUUCGCCUACAAAAAAAGUAACUGCCGCAACGCCCACUGCGUCUAAUAUUCUGAUGGUUGCGAAUACAAGAAAAAUAGGUAAAAAAAUGGAAUUGGAACUCACUAAAGGAUCUCACGGAUUAGGUUUCAGUAUUACAACUAGGGAUAAUCCGGCUGGAGGAAAUUGUCCUAUCUACAUAAAAAAUGUCUUACCGAAGGGAGCUGCUGUUGAGGACGGUAGACUUCGGCCAGGGGAUCGACUACUGGCUGUUAAUGGAAUAGAACUGACAGGCAAGACUCAAUCUGAAGCAGUUGCAAUACUUCGAAAAGUUCCGUCUGGGGCACGAGUCAAAAUAAUUGUUUCCAGACAAGAAGAUGUUACUAGCCAAACUGGACAAAAAGAUACUGAUGAAAAUUACGAACGAGAGGUUGGUGGUAAUACGUCAGUAACUCAACUGAAAGAUACAAAGGCCAAGUCAAAUAAUAAUAAUACAGUUCAGGAAUAUAUUAAGAGUUUAGAAGAAAGUCAAACGUUUCCUUGGAGACACAAAGAAAUCUUGACGUUUGAUAUUCCCGUGCACGAUUCAGAAAAGGCCGGUUUGGGCAUCAGUGUUAAGGGGAAAACUUCCGCUAAUAAUUCAAAUGACAAAAACUCUUCACAAGAUUUGGGUAUCUUCAUCAAAAAUGUAUUACACGGCGGAGCUGCUUCGAGAGAUGGCAGACUACGCACUAACGAUCAGUUGCUGUAUAUAAACGGUAUUUCGCUAAUUAGCCAGACAAAUGCGGCUGCCAUGGAAAUAUUACGGAGAACUAUGAUAAACGUGGAACCUGGGCCCGUACCUGGAGCUAUAUCUUUGACUGUAGCCCGUCGUCGCAAUAGUUCUCCAACAUUACACAGAAGGCGUAGUCGUGACUCGUCGUCUAGUUUACUCACAGAUUCCUCUGCUAAUACUGAAACUUUUAGCCGCCUCGAUACCAGCGAUAGUAGUGCUCAAAAUGUGACUGAUAACUCGGGCACAAGUGAAAAUUCUGAUUGUACUGUUAUAUUCAUGCAUCAAAGACAAGGAUCGGAAAAUUCUAAAAGAAAACCACUGCCAGUGUCUUCUCCAGAUGGCAUUGCUAUUCGUAAUCCUGUGUUGGAGAGGUUGACUGGGCACGCUAAUCGUUACAACGGUUUACGUAAUGAAAGUUAUUAUAAGGCAACGCAUCAGACUACGAUAAUGAUUAAAGAAGAAGACAAACAUAAAAGUCCUACUGUUAACCAAUCUUCUGGUGAGAUGUUAAUUAUUGAAGAAGAUCCCCCAAUAUACAACACAAUCAAUCGGAAAAAAAUAGAAGAGGAAAAACCAAAUUUAGUCGUUUCUCCACAACAAACCAGAACCGGAUCAACAAGUACUGAUGUUACAUACGCGAGCCAAUUAUCUCUUGACAACGCCAAUUCUGGAUUUUCAAGAGAUGCAUUUGGGAGGCAAAGUAUGUCUGAAAAGCGACAUGCUACACUCGAUGCCAAAAGUACAGACACGUAUCAAAGAAACAAAAAGUUGCGAGAAGAACGUGGUGGAGAUGACAUUGGCAAUCGCAAUGGUAUUUUGUCUAAACACCAAUUGGGUCCAUCAUUGGGAAUGAAAAAGUCAUCUAGUUUGGAGUCGCUGCAAACUAUGGUGCAAGAAGUGCAAAUGUCUGAAGACGGUAAAAGGGGAAACAUGAGAGUGGUUCGUGGAAGAGGAUGUGAUGAGAGUUUUAGGGCGGCUGUUGACAAAGACGGACCAUUGUCACUACACGAACUUCGCUUAGACACAUAUGGUGAAGAAGGAGACUAUCAUCAAAUUGGUCGGCGACAGUCUUCGCUUCAUUCUCAAGAUUAUAAAUCACCCAAAGCGCCAAAUAUUGCUGCGAACAAAAAGAAACCGGGUUUACUCAAAGGAAUCGGUUCUAUGUUUAGGUUUGGCAAACAUAGACGAGGAACGGAUAUGAAUGGCACGUUAAGUUCAGAAGAAGACAACACACUGGAUCGUGAGCGGGAAGUUGCUAGAAAAAGUGCCCGAGACGAGCAACUACGAAUACAGGAACAGUAUCAAAGGCUAAUGCAACGACAAGCCGAAAUGGAACAACAAAAUCGUUGUCGGGAAGUAGCUGUAGACGACGUUUCAAAUAAUUAUACUACUGUGAUGGCCAAACCCGCUAACCCCGAACAGUCUCGUAUAGACCGUAUACAACAGCUUAGGGCUGAACACCAACGUAGGCACAUGGAACGUAGUGGACAGUAUGUGCCUGAGGAAAGGGAAGAAAACCACUACGAAUCUGAUCUCCGAAAGUCUGCUAACAAUAGUCAAAGUUCCAUUAAUCGACCAGGUAGUCGUGUGGGAAUUACUGACCCACGUUUUAAUCAUUAUGUUAAUUUCCAGGAAAUCCAACAAAACUUGAACUCAAUGCAUGAAACUCGCGGCGUUAAGCUUCGACACAAUGGCAAAGCAAAAAAACCCGUGUCUUGUUAUUAUGACACAGACGACGAAAGUCGCCGACAGCUACAUUACCAUUCGCAGAGACGCGACCCCAAGGAAUCGGUGGCCCGUCCGAGUUCAAAUUAUUAUGAAUACGAAAGCGUUAUGCGAUCACUACCUUACUCUGGGUCUGCUUCAGGACUGGUGGACAGCAACUCUAACACAUUGAUCAGACAAGGCUCGACCCAAACCAACGGCGGUUCCGCUCGUGGCCCUCGACAGUCACCGCGGUGCUAUCCGGUGGCAAAGUCCAAUUAUCCGCUGUACAAUUACAGCGGUGACACCCAGGGCGGCCAGCAGGUCGGUGGUGCGCAAUCACACCAAAGGUCUACAAAUAUCAACAACAAUAACCAUGUCGGCAACAGCAAUAUGUACCAGAGGUCGUCGCCACACGGCCCUGGCCCUUAUAUAACUCAAGUGACCAUCAGGGACAACAACCAUCACAAUAUAAUUCAAAGUCCCAACAUUUAAACACCGCAUUAUUAUUACAAUAGCUUUUUGACAACUGUUUAUUUAUUACACAUUUUUGUUUUAACUCGACAACUAACUUUUGAUUUUACUCAGUAUUUAUUAUAUUGUACAGGUUUUUUUUAAAAAUAUUAUUGAUUUCUUUACUUUUUACCCGAUACUUUUAAUGGUAUUACAUAUUGAUGAUUUCAGUUAAAACGAUAAACAAUUUAAAUGCUUUUAAUUUUCUUCAAUUAAUACAUUUUUGUAUUGAGUUUAUCCGAUUUUGUAUGACUUUACACGAGUAUAAAUUAAUAAUCUUUUAAAUUUAAAACACUAUACAAUUGUAUAUCUGCUGGUUUUCAACUUUUAACUUUUCCGUCCUAUGCUUUGUUUAACCACUUCUCAGCAAUGAUACCCGAUUCAUACAUUUUGGAUAUAACAUUUAGGACGUAUUAGCUGCUGUAUGUUUUAAGAAUAUUUGAUGACAAUCAUAUUUUAAAUGUGUAACUUAUUAUCGUUAAUUUUUUUAAAUUGUAUUUUUUCCCCUACAAUUUAAUUGUUAAGUAAUUUACACAUUCUGUGAUACGCAUAGUAUUUAUAUCCAUGUAUGUAUAUUAUAAAUAUAUAUUAUACCUAUGUUAUAUCAUAGGUUUUAGAUUAUUAUCUCAAAAGUAACGAGUGCCUUAAACACACAGACGAGCUAUGUAUAUAUAUAUUUUUUAUAGCUCUUUUUAAUAUUUUAAAUUAUCAUUAUUAUGUUUUAAACAUUCUAUAGUGUUAAAUUUGUUUUAAUGUUGUCACUUUAUUUGUAAAAUUUAUUUUUUAAGUUAUAAUUAUUAUUGUGUAGAAGACAAUCGACCAUUUUUUCUUAGCCCUCCCUACAUUUGGCAAUUACCGUUUUAUUUAUAUUGAUUAUUGAUGAACAAUAACUUUUUUUAAGUAUAGUUUUUACAAAAUAUCCGUCUAAUUUGUUUCGACAAACCGUAAUAUCCUCACGCAAUGUUGCAAGGUAACUAUUAGGUUUAUUGUAUUAUUAAAUAAUUAUAAUGUAUUUAAUUAUAAUAUAUUCAGUAUUAUAUUAAUGUAAGUGAUGGCUUUGUAAAAUAACCCGACUGCAUAGUGUUGGAAAUUAGUGUAAUUUAUUAUUUGUGCCAUCUAUUCGAACACAUUCCAUAUCCCCCCCCCCUCCACUCUAAGUAACUAUAAAAAAUUUGCAAUAUCAAAAACGGUUCAACUAUUUCAAAAUUAGUACUUAAUGAUUUAUGUACAGUAUUACCAUCAUUGGGCGCAAUAUUUUAAUUUAAACCAUUUUAAUAAUUGUAUAUAAUUUGUUUUUUCUAUGUCAACAAGUUCCUGUAUAACAAUAUAUUAUUGAUUUGACUUUGGUUUUUUAUAAUAAUAUAUUAUUAAUAUGUUAUUCUUUUAAAUGCUUAUUACACUUAAAAUAGAAUAAUUUAC